UAAACAUGAGCCAAUUGGACAAGUGUCAGAUAUGCACUCAUGCAACCAAGUCGCUAGCCUACACAGCAUUCGAUGUGCGCUGGAUACCCAAUUCACCUCGCUUUGUCAUAUUAGGACAGCUGCCUAGAGGAUCUGGCAUUUUGGAAGUUUGUCAGCUGCAAAACGGCUCCAUUGUAAAGCAGCAAGAGAUUGAGAAACCGCAUGCUUUCAAAUGUGCUACGUUUGGUGCAUCUUCGCUCACCACUCGACAUCUGGCAACAGGUGAUUUUGGCGGAAGACUGUCCAUGUGGGAUCUGGAACGAACAGAAAUGCCAAUCUAUUCCGCCGUCGCACAUAGUGAGAUUGUCAAUUGCAUAGAUGGAUGUGGUGGUAUUGGAAUCCAAGCCGGCCCUCCUGAACUAGUGACCGGCUCGAGAGAUGGAUCUGUCAAGGUUUGGGAUAUUCGUCAACGUGACAAGCCAGUGGCCAAGAUUGCUCCAGCUGAAGGAGAGCCAAUUAUAGAUACAUGGACAGUUGCUUUUGGUAAUUCUUACAACGACGAAGAGCGAUCGGUUUGUGCCGGAUAUGAGAAUGGAGAUGUGAAAAUGUUUGACCUUCGAGCAAUGAAGGUACUAUGGGAAACAAACUUGAAAAAUGGUGUUUGUUCGGUCGAGUUUGAUCGUCGCGACAUCAAAAUGAAUAAGCUGGUGGUUGCUGGACUUGAGUCCAAGAUCCAUGUAUUUGAUUUGAAAACGCACCAUCCCAAGGAAGGAUUUGCAAGUGUCACACAAAAGUCUACUGAAACGACAACGAUUUGGACUGUUCGCCAUCUCCCUCAAAAUCGGGAUGUGUUUAUGACAUCUGGUGGCAGCGGAGACAUUAAUCUUUAUCGCUACAAAUACCCAGAGCGACGUUCUGCCAAGAAUAAGGACGAUCAAGAUGUUGGUGUGCCAGGAACAGUGGAGCUGUUACAGCAUGCACAGGUUGCUGAACAGCCCGUUGCUGCGUUUGACUGGAGUCCUGAUAAGCUUGGUUUGUACGUAUUUGCUGGGUUUGACCAGUCUGUUCGCGUUGGGUUUGUCAGCAAGUUAAGCCAGUAUUGAGCCAAAUGAGGCUAUCAGUCUGUUUUUGAAAAAACUAUACAGCGCACUAAUGUGAAGCUUGUCCAUUUCCUGAUUAAAACAAUAAUUCAAGUUUAUUUAACAAUCACUAUUAUAUCUUUAAUAAAUAAAUG